AAGGUGGUAAGCAUGGCUGAGGAAAGGAAAGCCUUUGUUGAUGAGAUAAAUAAAGCACUGGCCAAGUCCGAAGGCCUUGCCCUGAAGGAUCUGCUGUUCUCCUACCGGGGGACGCCUUAUCCCGUGACAGUGUGCAGUGCAGAGACCUUCCAAGCCCUGGAGAACCUGGAAGCCAGAAGGGAUGAUAUGGUGCUGGUGUCUUACCCCAAAUGCGGUGUGAACUGGCUUAUCCAGAUUUUAAAUGACUUGAUAUUCACCACCAUCCAGAGUAAACCUGUAAGCACAGAACUACCAUUUAUUGAAUGUGGAGAUCCAGAUAAAUAUCAGAGGAUGGAGCAGAUUCCAUCCCCAAGGAUUCUGGCAACGCAUCUGAAUUAUGACUGCCUUCCCAAGUCUAUUUUCAAGAACAAAGCCAAGAUACUAGUGUUGUUUCGAAACCCUAAAGAUACAGCUGUUUCAUUUUUCCAUUUCCACAACAAUGUGCCAAGUGUCCCCAGUUACAGCUCCUGGGAUGAGUUCUUCUCCGAGUUCAUGAAUGGGAAAGUUAGCUGGGGAUCUUAUUUUGACCAUGCAGUCACCUGGAACAAACACAUUGAGGAUGAGAAUACCAUGAUCAUAACAUACGAAGAGCUGAAAGAGAGUCUGGCUUCUGGUGUAAAGCAGAUAGCUGAAUUCUUUGGAUUCUCCCCAACGGCAGAGCAGAUCCAGUCCAUUGCAGACAGGGCCACUUUCCAGGCAAUGAAGGAUAAAGCUCAGGAGACUCAUGGUGUUGUUGGCUCAGUUCUUUUCCGCAAAGGUGUUGUUGGAGACUGGAAAAAUCUUUUCACUGAAGCUCAGAACAAGGAAAUGGAUGCCAAAUUCAAAGUGUGCUUAGAAGGAACCAAGCUGGGAGCAAAGUUAAAAUAUGAUGUGUACUGCAAGGCCUAAGCUUCCUCUGUAGAAUAAUCUCAUGUCCAGACAGCUUUUCAUUCAUUUUUAUGAAAUCAAAGAGAAAUCAGAACAAUACUUGAUUUGAAACUUUUGAGUCUCUGUGCAAAGACAAACCUGUUUGUGCUGUCUUAACUUGCACAAGCAAUCCUCACCCAUACAGUUGGUAUAUUGACUUUACUGGAUUCUUAUAAAUGACCUGUGGUUCUUUGACUUCACUUGCUUUUUAAAACUGAUUUUUGCCAUGAUUUCAUGUUACCUAGUAGAAUCCUGCGUGAAACAUAUACGUAGUAUUUGAACAUGCUGAAAUAACUGGAAAUGUAUUCAGUAUGUUGGAAGUGGUUUUCCAAGUGAUUUCUUAACUUAAUAGUGAAAUGUCUUCUUGAUUUUUAGAUUUGGAAAUUCAUAAUAUUUCAAUUUAAAGUGAAAUUUCAAAAAGGUUUGUUGGGUUUUGCCACUUUCUGUGUGUAGAUAAAUAUGAGAAAAAAAACUAAAGGAACUCAGGUAGAAA